AUGCCAUCAGUUGAAAAUGAAAAGCUUGUCGGAACACCUACAACUCCUUCCGAUUCUGCCGGUAGUCUUGGCAACGAAGUCAAUCCAGAAGUUCUUGAACUUGCCCCCGAAGACAAGACAGAUUUCGAAGAAAAAUCGGACAAGGUGGCAUCGAAAGAAGACGAUAUCGAACAGUCUGAUCGUAAAAAGAAGAAAAAGAAAAAAGCUCCUGUAAAAGAUGAAAAUAAUGCUGUUGGUCAAGUUGUCGCAGAUGAUUUGUCCUGGGAUGAAAAGAAGAAAAAGAAGAAAAAAGAAGAAAGAGUGGACAAAAAUAAUGCGGUUGGUCAGAUAUUUGAAGGAUCGAUUGAUGAGGAAGAAAGGGGUCGUCCAUUUUGGUGUAAUAAAGAUGAAAAACCUCCGGCAUCAAACAAUUAUGUCAUGACGUUAGCUUUAAGAGACUUAGCCGAAGGAAAAUGGACGCUUCUCAGCAAAACGAAGGAUCCAAAAGACUUGGACCCCUUCAAUACGAUGGAAGCUAUGCAAGGGCGAGAUGCAGAAUUCUUCAAGAAAGACAAACGGAUUUUGAGCAACACAGUCCGAUCUCUUGUAACUAUGUAUGAUAUCAAAGCGAGAGCAAAAAGAGGUUCUUUGAAUUCGGAAAAUUCGUUCAAAGAACUAGCAGUUAGCAAUUCUGUUUCCCGUCCAAAAAUUUCCUUCAUACUCCCAACGAAUGCAACGCAAUACAACAAGUUAUUGAGAUGCGAAAAACUGUAA